UACACACACACACAAGCACACGCCCGCUCCCGGGGCGGCCCUCUCCUCUCGACCCUCCUUUUCCUCUCCUCACUUACGCCGCCGUGGGAGGAGGAUUGAUGUCCCUUCAGCAUCAUGCAGCCGCCGCCGAGGAAGGUGAAAGUUACACAGGAACUGAAAAACAUUCAAGUUGAACAGAUGACAAAACUUCAAGCCAAACAUCAAGCAGAAUGUGAUUUGCUUGAAGAUAUGAGGACAUUCAGUCAGAAGAAGGCUGCUAUUGAAAGAGAGUAUGCACAGGGUAUCCAGAAGUUGGCUAGUCAGUAUCUGAAGAGAGAUUGGCCUGGAAUAAAAGCUGAUGAUCGGAAUGAUUACAGGAGCAUGUAUCCUGUUUGGAAAUCUUUUCUCGAGGGAACAAUGCAGGUAGCCCAGUCUCGGAUCAAUAUAUGUGAAAACUAUAAAAACUUCAUUUCUGAGCCUGCAAGGACAGUGAGAAGCCUAAAAGAACAGCAACUAAAAAGGUGUGUGGACCAGUUGACAAAGAUCCAAACUGAAUUGCAAGAGACAGUAAAAGAUUUAGCUAAAGGCAAGAAGAAAUACUUUGAGACUGAACAGAUGGCUCAUGCAGUACGAGAGAAAGCUGACAUCGAGGCAAAAUCUAAACUUAGUCUUUUUCAAUCAAGAAUCAGUUUACAGAAGGCAAGUGUAAAGUUAAAAGCCCGGCGAUCUGAGUGUAAUUCCAAAGCUACCCAUGCAAGGAAUGAUUAUCUUCUUACAUUAGCGGCAGCAAAUGCACACCAGGAUCGCUACUAUCAAACAGAUUUAGUUAAUAUUAUGAAGGCUCUUGAUGGAAAUGUGUAUGACCACCUUAAGGAUUAUUUAAUAGCCUUCAGCCGGACUGAGCUAGAGACAUGCCAAGCUGUGCAAAACACAUUCCAGUUUUUAUUAGAAACCUCCAGCAAGGUGGUACGAGACUAUAAUCUUCAGCUGUUUUUACAAGAGAAUGCUGUAUUUCACAAACCCCAGCCCUUCCAGUUCCAGCCUUGUGACAGUGAUACUAGCCGACAGUUAGAAUCAGAAACAGGGACCACAGAAGAGCACAGUUUAAACAAAGAGGCUCGGAAAUGGGCCACACGUGUGGCACGGGAGCACAAAACUAUUGUUCACCAACAACGGGUUCUAGAUGAUCUGGAGUGCCAUGGAGUUUCAGUAUCAGAACAAAACCGAACAGAGUUGGAACAGAAAAUAGAUGAAGCUAAAGAAAAUAUUCGUAAAGCAGAGAUAAUUAAGUUGAAAGCUGAAGCCCGACUGGACCUACUAAAGCAGAUUGGUGUUUCUGUCGACACAUGGCUAAAGAGUGCAAUGAACCAAGUGAUGGAAGAACUGGAAAAUGAACGAUGGGCCCGCCUUCCUGCAGUGACUAAUAAUGGAGCCUUACACUCGCUUAAUGCAGAUACUGAAAGAGAAGAAGGAGAAGAGUUUGAGGACAACAUGGAUGUUUUUGAUGACAGCAGUUCCAGCCCUUCUGGUACCUUAAGAAAUUACCCACUCACCUGCAAAGUUGUUUAUUCCUAUAAGGCUUCUCAACCAGAUGAGUUGACCAUUGAGGAACAUGAGGUGUUAGAAGUGAUUGAAGAUGGAGAUAUGGAAGACUGGGUAAAGGCUCGAAAUAAAGUCGGCCAAGUGGGUUAUGUGCCAGAAAAGUACCUACAGUUUCCAACCUCGAACAGUCUGCUGAGCAUGCUGCAGUCCUUGGCUGCCUUGGACAGUCGGUCACACACAUCCAGCAAUUCCACGGAGGCCGAACUCGUUUCAGGCAGCCUCAACGGAGAUGCCAGUGUCUGUUUCGUGAAAGCACUUUAUGACUACGAGGGCCAGACAGAUGAUGAAUUAUCUUUUCCUGAGGGAGCAAUCAUCCGAAUCUUGAACAAAGAAAACCAGGAUGAUGAUGGCUUCUGGGAAGGAGAAUUCAGUGGGCGGAUUGGAGUUUUCCCAUCGGUGCUAGUGGAAGAACUUUCAGCCUCAGAAAAUGGUGACACUCCAUGGAUGCGAGAGAUUCAGGUCUCUCCUUCCCCCAAACCGCCCGGCUCCCUGCCUGCACUGCCGCUGUACGACCAGCCUCCCAGCAGCCCUUACCCCAGCCCAGAUAAGAGGGGCUCCCAGUACUUCCCCCGCUCUCCUUCAGCAAACGAAAACAGCUUCCAUGCCGAAUCGCCAGGAUUCUCGCAGGCAUCCAGGCAUACUCCUGAGACCUCAUAUGGGAAGCUACGACCUGUCCGGGCAGCUCCCCCUCCUCCUACGCAGAACCACCGAAGGCCCGCAGAGAAGAUUGAGGAUGUGGAAAUCACACUGGUGUGAUGAUGGGUUUGCCUGUCCGUUACUGCUACAAUCAAGGCCAGGCUUGGAGUUUGGCCAGUCUUGUUUUUUAGGCACCUUUGCUUGCAUGAUGAUGACUCGAACAGAGCAAAAACAAGGAGGACUGUAUGUGACCGGGUGGCCUGGUUGACACCUCCCACGUUUUUAAUAUUUCGUGCCUUUUUUUGUUGUCAUUUUCUAUGUCAUCUCUCCUAGCACAGCACAAAUCCUAGUGGGCCCUAGAAGCAGAGAAGGGGGACAGUCCUCCUUCCUACCAGGGACCCAUUUUUGUAUGAGACUCAAGACCAGGCCUCGUUCAGGGCACAGUUACAGAGAUACUGAUCAUGUGCACUCGUACAGUAUAUUACUGUGGCCACGAGGACGUGGCAAAGAUUCUCAUCUUUCUUCAAGUGGCUUUGGCUUAUCUGAUUGAGUUUAAUCAGAUCAUGUUGGCUACAUAAGGAAGCGGUAGGAGGGAUUUCAGGAGAGGCUGGCUCCUCCCCACAGUUGGUCCCCAAACUGAGAAACUGAAACCUUAUUGGAAAAAAGUAGACUGCCCUGAGUUUGGCACUGAUUGCAAUAAUGCACAUCUCUUCCACAGCUAACAGAUUUAAAACAAUUAACAGUGUCCUUUGUGUUAAUAUUUAUGCCAUUCAUUUAGUAUUAGCGGAGCUAACAUGGAGGGGCUGAACUAGUAGCCGAAUCUUGUCCAUCACAUAGACUAAUAGAAAGGAGGCUGCAGCUAAAGCAGAAAUGGAGCUUCCAGAUCUGCAAUGAGCUGACUUAGUGUUCUUUUUAUAUUUGGGUAUUUUUUUCAUCUUAAUUUUUGCAGCAUAUACUAUCAUGACCAGUAUCCUUAGAAAUUGAAUGUCUUGAUAAAACUGGGGACACAUACUUGCCUUGUCAAGCUUCUCUACUGGGGAGGCACAUAGCAUUAUUUUAUUCCCAAACUAGUCCACUGGCCCAGACAGCCAAGUUGUGGCUGGCCCAGACCAGCAGCCACCCACCACAUAGAAUGCAGCUUCCCAGGUCCCACUGACCUGACAUUUCCUUGGGAGGAAGAAUCUGUGGCUCAAGGAGUAAACCAGCUUCCUAUGAAGAAGGACAAAAGGAUUGCACGGUGCAAAUUGACAAGGAAAGGACAAGUUCUCCAUGUCACAGGGAGAGCCAGGAGGAGCCUUCUCUGCAGACUAACAGGCCCACAGCAGUGGCUCCCAGAGGCCUCUGGUGGCCCUCCACCUCCUAUGGAAGAUAGGGAGUACAUUACUUUGGGACUAAGGGAUGUUUGCCAGUUGCUUUUUUUUUCUUUUUUUUUAAGAAAUCAAAAUUUUCAGAAUUUAAUCCAAAAGUUGUCUUUUGCUUUGAAAAUGCCAUCCCUCCUAAGACUCUCUAAAAACUUGAAAUGCUCGCCAAAUGUCCCCAUGGGAUUUUUGACCAGAAAUAAGGUCAUAGCUGAAGAAGUUUUCAGAUAGUCAUUUGAUCACUUCUGUAACAGUACCCAUUGAUGAAUUUUCUCUGUGAUUUGAGGAUUUUUUUUUUGUUUUGUUUUUGUUUUUUUGCAUUUCUUAACCUGUUGAUCUUUUUGAGGUCUUUUUGUGUUUAUCAAACUUAUUCUUAAGUUUACAAAAUAAAUUAAAAGGGUGGGUUUUUUUUUAAGAUUUUAAAGUUUGUGGACAAGUUAAAAAUCUUCAGAGCACUUUAAAAAUCUUCAAAGUGCUGAAAUUGGGCAGUUCUUGCCACCCACUCUUGUAUUUUCUCUUUAGCUAGCAAAAUUGUCCUUGAAUCUGGGUUUUCCACAUUCUCAGAGAGUUAUUUGAAAUCUUUUGUUAUAUUUUAAAAUAUUUUUUGGAAGAGCUGCUAAUUUUAUUUUAAAAAAACAAAAUUGUAAAAAUAUGCCUCCUUUUUAAUAAGAACCCGUCCCUCCAGGACAUGUAACCCCACGUCACAGUGCACAGGGCUGGGCUCAGAGGAGGCGCCUCUGUGCAGAAGUGCUUUCUUUACAGUGGCUGUAAAAACUUUGUAUUUAUUAUGUAUAAAAUGUUGAAUAAUAAAAAAAAUGGAAUUAA